GCGCCAGCCAGCCAGCCAGCCAUGGGAAGCAGAGAGGCGGGAGAGAGAGAGAGGGUAAACCAGAGGAGCGUGUACCCAGCAGGACACAGACCCUCACCAGCAGCCCUGCAGCUUCCCAACACCAGACGGCCACUUAUCCCAGAGAUGCGGGAUGAGAGGGGGCCGGCUAGCUAGCUCUCGCUCCUGAGCAGUUUAUCCAGGGGUGAGGGGGGGGUUGCAGUCCACAGAUGUGGUCGUUGCGGAGGACCAUGGGGCCGGGUCCAUCACGGGGUGGCUGUUUGCUCAGGUGGCUGGGGUUGAAAAUAUGCCGCAGGAGCACGCUGGUGUUCGCCCUGCUCUGGUUCGGCACUUGGGUGUUCCUCAAUGGCUUGGUGUUUGUGCAUCGGACCAUCCUCUCCGACUACUGCACGGAUGACAAGAGCAAGAGGAUACUGCAGAGAGUGUGUGAGGAGUACCGCGAGGGCGCCCUGACUGGUGACCUGUGCGAGGACCUGUGCGUGAGCGGCCAGGUGGAGUACAAGCGCUGCCUCUACUACGAGAAUGGCAAGAAGGUGAUCGAGGCUCGGUGGCGUGGCACUCCCGUGGUGCUCAAGUCCAAGCUGGAGAACUUCUCCUCCUACGAAAGCCUGGGCCUCCUGGAGUACCAGGACCCGGCCGAGGAGCUCUCUCCCCUGGACGUGGUCUUCUACGCCACCCUGGAGAUCAGGAACUCCCUGGGGCUGGACAUGGGUGGCAACGCCUCGCUGCCACCGCUGUGGGGCCAGAGGAUGAGGGAGCGUGGGCGGCCCUACUCGCGGGCAGAGCUGGCAUCGCUUUGGUCCCUGCUCCAGCAGGAGGAGUACGUCUUCCUGAGGGUGCUGCAGGACCUCAGCCGCCACGUGGCCAAGGUGCUGGGUUCCUGCGGACACUUCUACGCUGUUGAGUACUUGUCGGCGGGCCACGCCUGGGACCAGAACAUAUUCUCUCUGGAGGAGGUAUCGGCGGGCCCAUGGACGACGAGGGACAUGGUGCACCGCAUCGCCCUCAGCUUCCUGGACAUGGCGUGGCGCUUCGACAAUGACUUCUCGCACCGCCUCCACCUGUGCGACAUCAAACCAGAGAACUUUGCCAUCCGGAAGGACCUUACGGUGGUGGCUAUAGAUGUGGACAUGGCUUUCUUCGAGCCCAAAAUGCGAGACAUCCUCGAGCAGAACUGCACUAACGACGACGACUGCAACUUCUUCGAUUGCGUCUCGAAAUGCGACGUGAAGACGAACAAGUGCAGCUCAAAGCGGAGGAAUAGCAACCUGCAGGUGAUCUGUCAGAAGAUCUUCAGGCCCUGGUUCUCUCCCACGCUGCUGGGCGCCAAGGCGGGCCUCCCCCUCCAGGUGGACCUCCAGCGGGCGGUGCAGGAGUGCGCCGAGACGCCCUGGGGAGAGGACGAGGAGCGUCCCCAGGCCGUCCAGAAGCGCUUGCUGCACCUCCUUACACGCCUUCUCCACAAAGGGACCUCCUCUGAGCGUGGGGGCGCAGAUGGAGAGGGCGUUCACUCCCACACAGCUCUUAACUUCUGAGACAUUGCACUGUUCACCCUCACAAGAACUAUACACUGAAGAAAACAAUCAUAUUGGCUUCAUGAGAGUUAUUUAAAGUGUCUAGAUGUUUUGUGGUGUGGUUCCUGCGGACUGAUACUGGUUGUUGAUGUAACAAAAGAUGCACUGAUGGUGGUAGUACUGACUAUGUGUCUUUAGUACCUACAGUAAGCAGACAAUGGCAGUUUCUGAGGUAGAACUGCAGAAUCUGCCAAUAAUUGGUGGUCUAUCAAGCAAGUGGUUGUUAUUUGAGUCAUCAUUACAUUAAAUAAAUGCAGAUACUUUCUUUGAA